CAAUUUCUCAUGGAUAUAAUAACAUCUGCCUCUUAGGGCUGUGGUGAAAUCAAAUAAAAAUGAUGCAUAUUUUAGGAUGAACUAUAUAUAAUUACCAGUAUCUGACCUUUUGGUCCAAUAAACACAGGAGGUUUAUGUAUUUAAGCUACUAAAGGUCCCGAAUUUACCGAAGAUUCAAAGUUAAUAGUCGCUAUUAUCAACAAAAGAAAAGAACUAUUAUUGUUAUCAUAGUCAUAUCAUGGUGUGUAAUAUCAUCUCAGUGCUGGAGGAUAUUCUUGCAGACGAACCAUUGUAAAGUGAUGAAAAGAUUACUUUAUCGAGCUCUGCAUAUGCUGCACUCCACAUAAAUCAGCGAAGGAAAGAGUAUCUGGGCUGGGGACCUGUUGAGGUCAGGGAAGGCUCCAGAAAGGUGGCAGCAUUUGCAUUGUGCCUUGUACAGUGAGUUGAUUUCUGAGUAGAUAAUGAACCAAGGAAGGAAUAUCAAGCCAAGCAAGGAGCUUGUGACUAGAGUGAGUGUAAAAGUGGGAGGGAAUGUGGGAGAUUUGUGACCCUGCAGAGAUUCUGUGACUAAAAGAUGUAACGACUGUGGGAAUCAAAGGAGCGGGAUGAAAAGAAAAACAGAUUUUUAUUGGGGAAUUGCCGUGAUUGGUUUUUUCAAGUUUAAAGGUUGCUCUGGAGGCUUUGUUGAGAAUGACUGACUUGGAAUAAGUAUAGAAGCAGAGAUGCAUGGGAGGAGGCUGUUGCAGCAGAGCAUCCGAGGAACAGUGUUGGCUGACCCUAGAGCAGCAGCUAUGUUCUGGGAGCAGACAAAAACGAUCUCUUUCCAAGAUAAUCUUACUGAGUUUGGUUUUGAUUUCUACUUUGGGACCUCUCCUUAGAAGAGUCAGAGUUUUCCUGGGACUCUUCAGUGAGACGAUUCUUACAUCUUGGGUGGACCCCUACAAGGCUGUACUCGAUCCCAGCGAAUUCCUGGAGGGAGUGAGAAACAUGAAACACACUCAGAGUCUGCUGGUUCUACUGCCUGGCUCCACUGCCAUCCACCUGUGGGAAGGACAGAACUCUGUGGGUUUGCAGUGGCAGUUAGUGAACUUGAAGCAAGUCAAAAGAAGACUGUCCACAGCCUCUUGCCAAACCAGACCAGACCAGACCAGACCAGAGGGCCACCUCAGUCAGCGUCCGGACAUUAUGGAGGGGACCAGGGAGCACCUUCGUCAAGGACUACUGUUCUCACCAGAACCAGAAGGAUCCUUCCCAGACCAGAUGGGCUUCAGAAAGUUUGAAGGGCAUCUCAGGCAUCUCUGCAGUCCCUUCAGUGUUGGAAGUGAGACUGUGGGGCCCUGGAACAUCUCAGGGGCGCCUCCUCUAUAG